AUGAAACCACAAAUCGUAGGAACUCCAACAGAAUAUAAAGAUUUAAUGGUUCAAUAUUGGGAUGCUAAUCCAUUAAAGAGAUACGAUAUUAAAAACCUAAAUGAUAAAAUUAAAGAAAUACGAAAUUC